AUGUUUCUCCCUUCUCUCGGUAUCGGCCUCCUAGCAGCUUCGGCGUCGCUUGCCAAUGCAGUCGAACUCCCGGGCUACGAGUAUGUCGUCGUCGGCUCAGGGGCCGGCGGCGGUCCUGUGGCCGCUCGUCUGGCCAUGGCGGGCCACAAGACACUCCUGAUUGAAGCUGGCGAUGACCAAGGCCAAAACGUGAACUACAGCGUCCCCGCAUACUCAGCCAAAGCCUCCGAGGACCCGGCGCUGGCGUGGAACUUUUUCGUCCACCACUACGCCGAUGACGAGCGCCAGGCUCUCGAUUACAAGACUACUUAUGAAACUCCCGAUGGAACCGAGUAUACAGGUCUCAAUCCGCCUGCGGGUUCGACGCUCAAGGGGACGCUGUAUCCGCGGACGGGUGCGCUGGGUGGUUGCACCGCGCACAACGCCCUCGUUGCCAUCUACCCGUUUGAAUCAGACUUUGAAUACGUCGCUACCCUGACGGGUGAUGGAUCCUGGGCCCCGGAUAACAUGCGCAAGUACUUCGUCAAUGCAGAGCGGAACCACUAUCUUGCUCUGAGCCCAGGACACGGCUACAACGGCUGGCUGCAGACCGAAGAAGCGCCGCUCACCCUCGUACUCGAGGAUACGCAGCUGCUCAGCAUGAUCACCGGCGGCCUCUGGGCCCUGGGUAAUUGGACCAGCGGGAUCUUCAACCUCGCUACACUGGCCGCGGGCGAUGCUAACGCCGACUCGCUGGCGCGCGACCAGAACCCGGGGUACUAUCAGAUCCCUAUCUCGUCCAAGGACAGUGUGCGUGUCGGGUCGAGGGACUUUGUCGUUGACGUGCGUGAUGCGAAAAAUGUAGAUGGCAGUAAGAAGUAUCCACUUGAUGUGCGCACCAACUGUUUCGCAACCAAAGUUCUCUUUGACGACUCUGCGAGCCCGCCCCGUGCAACGGGCGUCGAAUUCCUCGACGGACAGUACCUGUUCAAGGCUAGUCCUCGAUCUGGAGAAGCGCGUGGUACUCCAGGAAGCGUGACGGCAUCCCGCGAAGUGAUUGUUGCCGGUGGUGUGUACAACUCUCCACUGCUUCUAAAGCACAGCGGCAUUGGUCCUAGAGACGAACUCGAAAAAUUCGGCAUCCCCGUCGUGGCAGACCUGCCCGGAGUUGGCUCAAACCUGCAGGAUCACUACGAAAUCGUCGUGCAAGGCAGUGUGCCAGAAAACUUCACCCUGCUUGAUGGCUGUACAUUCACCUCCAAGGACAGUACAGACCCAUGCCUACAGCGCUGGGAGAAUCCCGUUCUCGGAAAUAGAGGCACGUACGCCUCGGAUGGCUUUGCAUCUACCAUGUUCUUCAAGAGCUCAGCUACGGCAGAUGAGAACUGGGAUGUCUUUGUCUUCGGCGGACCUGUCAAUUUCCGUGGAUACUUCCCUGGAUACAGUAUCAAUAUCACCGCGCACCACGAUGUCUGGAGCUGGGCUAUCCUGAAGUCUCACCCGCGCAAUACGGCCGGAAAGGUUUCCCUGCGCUCGGCGGAUCCCCUUGAUCUCCCUCAUAUCGUUUUCAAUUACUUCGAUACCGGCAGUGGUGACUACAGCGCUGAUCUCGAGGCUCUGUAUGAGGCUGUUGAACUUGCCCGGGACGCCAUCGCACGCCAGCUGCUUCCUGUUGAAGAGAUCUUGCCUGGUGCGGGCGUCACAUCGGCAGAGGAUAUUGGGGACUACGCCAAGAAUACAGCUUGGGGUCACCACGCCUCGUGCACAUGCCCGAUUGGUGCUGACGAUGAUCCGAUGGCCGUUCUGGACUCGAAGUUCCAGGUCCGUGGUGUAAAGGGCCUGCGUGUGGUUGAUGCUUCCGUCUACCCUCGUAUCCCGGGAACGUUCACGGCAGUUUCGACUUAUAUGGUUGGUGAGAAGGCUGCUGAUAUUAUCCUCGAGCAAUUUGGGCAGACUUCGCUCACUGACCAGGGCUUGGUUAACUUGGGUGAUCUUCUCUAA